GUUAUUUUAAACACGGUCAUUAUGAUAAAGCGUUUUCAGAUCUUGAAAAAGCAUUAGAGCUAUAUGACGAAGAUUUAUAUAACCUUGCAAAAUCCCUAGAAAUCAAAUCGAAUUAUGCUA